AACGCUCUCCUCUCCGGCCUACGAUGGGGCUCUUCAGUCCCAUCCGACACUCCCUCGCGCGAGCACCAGUACAUACCCUUCCAAAGCCAUCCACCACAGCGCGCGCCUUCCACCUCUCCGCCGCGCGCCGGUUCACCCACCCUUCGCUCCCUGCCCGCGCCGUCGCUGCCCCCAUCGUCGGUGACUAUGCUCCCCAGGACGGCGAGCGUGUGCUCAACUCGCCCUCCGAACUCGCUCGCAGGAUCUCGGCAAAGGUACUCCCAAAACUACCCCGUGCAGAUGUCAAGAAGGUGGUCAUGGUCGGCUCGGGAGGUCUCUCCAUCGGCCAGGCAGGAGAAUUCGAUUAUUCCGGUUCACAGGCUAUGAAAGCGCUCCGUGAGGAGGGCAUUGACGCCGUACUCAUUAACCCUAACAUCGCUACAUGGCAAACCAGUCACCAUCUCGCCUCGGAGGUCUACUUCUUGCCCAUUUCGGUCGACUACGUCGCAUACGUUCUUGAAAAGGAACGUCCGGACGGUGUCUUGCUUACUUUCGGUGGUCAGAGCGCUUUGAACGUCGGUAUUGAGCUCGAUAGGAUGGGUGUCCUGGAUAGGCUUGGUGUUAAGGUUUUGGGUACGCCGAUUAGGACUUUGGAGGUUUCGGAAGACAGAGACUUGUUCGUUCAGGCUUUGGCAGAAAUCGACAUCCCCGUUGCACAGUCUACCGCCGUCUCUACCGUCAAUGACGCUCUCGAUGCCGCGGCAACAAUUGGUUACCCCGUCAUCAUGCGCUCUGCCUUCACUCUUGGUGGUCUCGGUUCUGGUUUCGCCUACAACGAGGAUGAACUCCGUGAUUUGGCUGCUCGUGGUCUCUCUCUUUCCCCUCAGGUUCUCGUCGAACGGAGCAUGAAGGGCUGGAAAGAGGUCGAAUAUGAAGUCGUCCGUGACGGUGCUGAUAACACGAUCAUCUGCUGUAACAUGGAGAACUUCGACCCGCUUGGCACGCAUACCGGUGACUCCAUCGUCGUGGCGCCCUCGCAGACUCUCACGGACGACGAGUACCAUAUGCUCCGAAGCGCGGCCCUGAAGGUCAUCCGUCAUUUGGGCGUUGUUGGUGAAUGUAAUAUCCAGUAUGCGCUGCAUCCCGAGAGUAGGGAAUAUUGUGUCAUCGAGGUCAAUGCUCGUCUGAGUCGUUCCAGUGCCCUCGCCUCGAAAGCAACAGGUUACCCCCUCGCCUACACCGCCGCCAAACUCGCCCUCGGCUACACCCUUCCCGAACUCCCCAACGCCGUAACGAAAACGACGACGGCCUGCUUCGAACCCUCGCUCGACUACAUCGUCACAAAAAUCCCGAAAUGGGAUCUCGCGAAGUUCAGCGCGCAGGUCGACCGCAAGGUCGGUUCGUCGAUGAAGAGCGUCGGCGAGGUGAUGGCGAUCGGGCGGACGUUCGAGGAGAGUCUGAUGAAGGCGGUCAGGAUGGUCGAUCCGCGUUGGGUCGGGUUCGAGGUGUUUGGGAAGAGGAUGAGUAAGGAGGAGUUGGAUUAUGCGCUGGCGAAUCCGACGGAUAUGAGGCUUUUUGCGAUUGCGCAGGCGAUGUAUGUGGAGGGGUAUAGUGUGGACCAGGUGCAUGAUUUGACGAAAAUCGAUAAGUGGUUCUUGUACAAGCUCGACAACAUCGUACAGACGCACAAGGCGCUCAGCGCUGCCGGUUCCCUCGAAGCCGUCGAUGCCACCCUCAUGACCACCGCCAAACGCAUGGGCUUCUCCGACUCUCACAUCGCCUCCAUCCUCUCUGCUUCUGCCUCUAGCCCUGUCACAGAACCCACUGUCCGCGCACACCGUAAAUCCCUCUCCAUCACCCCCUUCGUCAAGCGUAUCGACACCCUCGCCGCCGAAUUUCCCGCACACACGAACUACCUCUACACGACGUACAACGCCUCCUCGCACGACGUCGAGUUCGACGAGCAUGGUGUGAUGGUGCUCGGCAGCGGCGUGUACCGAAUCGGGAGCAGCGUCGAGUUUGACUGGUGUGCGGUCACUUGUAGUAGGACGUUAAGGGAUAUGGGCAUGCGGACGGUUAUGGUGAAUUAUAAUCCGGAGACUGUUAGUACCGAUUUCGAUGAGGCGGAUAGGCUGUAUUUCGAGGAGUUGGGGUGGGAGAGGGUUAUGGAUAUAUAUGAGCUGGAGGCGGCGCAGGGUGUGGUGGUCAGCGUCGGUGGACAAUUGCCGCAGAAUAUCGCGUUGAGGCUGAAGGAGAGCGGUGUGUCCGUUCUUGGUACGGAUCCGGCGAAUAUCGAUAAGGCAGAGGACCGUCAUCAGUUCUCGUCGAUCCUCGAUAAGAUCGGUGUUGACCAGCCUGAGUGGACCGAGGUCAGCUCCGUCGAAGCCGCCAAGGCAUUCGCUCAGCGUGUUGGUUACCCCGUCCUCAUCCGUCCUUCGUACGUCCUCUCCGGUGCCGCCAUGAACGUCGUCUACGAAGAAUCCACCCUCGAAUACAACCUCUCCGCCGCCGCCGACGUCUCGCCCCUCCACCCCGUCGUCAUCACGAAAUUCAUCGACGGUGCACAGGAGAUCGACGUCGACGCCGUCGCGCACGAGGGCAAGCUCAUCGUCCACGCCGUCUCGGAGCACGUCGAGAACGCGGGUGUUCACUCUGGCGACGCGACGCUCGUCCUCCCGCCGUAUACGCUCCCGGAAUCGGAUAUGGCCCGUCUGAAGACGAUCGCGGAGAAGGUCGCCGCUGGGUUCGAGAUCUCGGGGCCGUUCAAUAUGCAGGUUAUCAGGAAGCCGGUGCAAGAAGGACAGGACGAGGCGGAGUUGAAGGUGAUCGAGUGUAAUCUGAGGGCGUCGAGGAGUUUCCCGUUCGUUUCGAAGGUGCUGGGACAUAACUUUAUCGAGACGGCGACGAAGGCAAUCGUAGGCAGGAAUGUCCCGGAGCCGGUGGAUGUGAUGGCGACCGAGAGGGAUUACACGUCGAUCAAGGUCGCGCAGUUCUCGUGGACGCGUCUCGGCGGUGCGGACCCGUUCUUGGGCGUCGAGAUGGCGAGCACGGGCGAGGUCGCGUCGUUCGGGAAGGACGUGCACGAGGCGUACUGGGCUUCGCUGCUCAGUACCACUGGGUUCAAGAUCCCGAAGGAGAAGUCGGGCGUUCUGAUCGGUGGGGAUGUCAGCAAGCCCGAGAUGAGGGAGAUCGCGACGAAGUUGACCGAGCUUGGGUUUAAGCUGUAUUGUUCGUCGCCGGCGGUGGAGGACUUCUUGAAUGGCUUGCCGUAUGUGGGCGCGAAGAGGAUCAUGUUCCCGAGGACGGAUAAGAGGAAGUUGAGGAUGGUGUUUGAUGAUUAUGAUAUUCAGAUGGUGGUGAAUCUCGCGAAAGGGAGGGCGGUGGACGUGAUGGAUGAGGAUUAUGUCGCUCGCAGGAAUGCGGUGGACUUUGGACUACCGUUGCUCAACAACGCGCGCACGGCCCAGCUCUUCGUCGACAGUCUCGCGAAAAAGAUCCCCCAGGGCGGAUUGAGGAAGUAUACAGAAGGAAGGAUACCCCCCGAGGUCAAGUCAUGGCGUGAGUUUGUCGGCUUCCGCGCAUGAUGAUCCAUCCUUUUGCUUGUCCUUUCAUUCCUUCCAUUCCUUGCCUGGGAUCAACAAAAAAUUAACCGCCUCACGCUGUGUGGACCCACCGGAACCGAUUAUGAUUACGAUUCCGGGAGGUGGGCCGUUGGGACGUUGUUUUCAUGCGGUGAAAGUACUCUAUACAUAUCAUUUACUUACUUGCUUAUAAGAAGAAGAGCUUGAAGGCCCGGAUGAGGCACACGGUGCGGGGAGCGGUAUAGUACAUAGAAGCGAUCGGUGUUGAUUGUUGUUGAUUUUGUAUACGUAGUCUUGCUUUGCUCAAUUUCUUAUCUAUUUCUGCGAUUCUAGUUUGGUACUUGCCAUAGCUUGUUGGAAAA